AUGAACCUAUCGAGCAGUACUACAGCGAAAUCCAUUGGUCAUUCUUCAUGGACAGACGGCAGGCCAAGAGGUUUGAUAUUGAGCCGGAACUUUUGGAUUCACUCGUUGAAGCCAACAGAUACAAUAGAGAACAUUCAGAAAAUGGAAACUACAUCUGUCCUCCAACCCACUGCCACCGAGGAGUCUAUACUCCUCCUCAAUGCUAUGACAAACCCUGCGCCAUGUUGCUGGCCCCUCAUUUCAACUCAACAUCAUUCCUGAUCGACCAAAUAGACGAAACAGGCUUAUUGGUCAAGGUGGUUUGGCUGGGGGACAAGCUGAAGAAGACCCUCAAGGACUUGAAGAUCGCGUACAGGAACACGCCGGAUAGGGGCAUCGUCUUCUUCCAUUGGCAUCCUAGUGAUAUUGUCCUCAGGAUGAACGAUUUCGUUACGGUGCAGUUCAAGGAUAAUGAGAUGUAUAACUUCACGCAUAAAAAUACUACUGGAUACAAGUACGAGAUGCACAGACUAGUGAAGAUGUCCUGGGGCAAAGUUCAAGAGCACGCCAGUCCUCUUUACGUGGGCUUAAGGCACUUCCGAUUCACAGAACAAGACUACGACUUCUUGUUGAGCACAUACGAAAUGUUUCCUGAGAAAAACGUCAACCAAAUCGCCUGCGAAUGGAUGAGGAAAAACUCUGACACUUGGGAAAGAUGGAAGGUAACAGCCGCUAAAGCUGUCAUAUACAUUGGAGGUAUAUUUCCGAUGUCAUCGUCGUCAUAUAAUGGAACUGCUAUUUCAAGAGCUGCACAAACUGCUGUGAUGGCAGUCAACAAAAACAAGACCAUUCUGCCGGAUUAUCACCUCAGCCUUCUAGUGACCGAUGGCAAGUGUUCCCCAGACUUGGUGAUGAAGAACUUCAUUGACUUCAUCGUGCUCAGGGACUACUACAACAAACUUGCGGGCGUUUUGGGACCCGCGUGUUCUGAAACCGUAGAGCCUAUAGCAGGUGUUUCCAAGCACUAUCACAUCUUGGUUGUUUCGUAUAGUGCUGAAGGGGCCAGUUUUUCCGAUAGGAAGAAGUAUCCGUAUUUCUUCAGGACUAUAGGUGAAAAUCAGCAUUAUAAGCACGUCUAUUUGUCCCUGUUCAAAAAAUUCCAAUGGAGAAGAGUGGCAGCACUGACUGAAGACGGCCAAAAAUACACCGAGUACAUCUCCCUGAUGCAAGAAGAUUUGGAAAAAGAGAAGAUCAAGUUUAUUGCCAACAAGAAGUUUCCUAGAGAAAGAAAGACUGAAGAUAUGAGAUGGCACCUGGAAGAUCUGAAGAGCAAAAGGGCAAGGAUCAUCAUAGCAGACGUGGUGGACGACGUAGCAAGGGUUGUCAUGUGCGAAGCAUACAAACUCGAGAUGACUGCCAAACAGGGUUACGUCUGGUUCCUGCCCGUUUGGUUGAACGAGACCUGGUACAAUACUGACGUCUUCAAUGUCAACGGAAGUGAGAUUGUCAACUGCACCACCAAGCAAAUGAUCGAAGCAAUAACUGGUUACUUCGCGAUGACGCAUGCUUACUACGCUCCAGAUGAUGCCAUAAUGCAGGAGAACAUAACCGUGGGCCAAUGGAAAGAGAAAUACAAAAAGUUUACCAAUGUGAAUGCAUACGCUGGUUUCGCUUACGACGCCAUCUGGACGUAUGCUCUGGCGCUAAACAACCUCUCACAGACGGAUCCUGAGGCUAUGUCGCAGUUGCAUACGGAAAAUACUACCAACCAACUGGUGCGUCUCGUAGAGGAAACCGAUUUCUACGGUGUGUCUGGACGGAUAAAAUUCCGUGGAGGUCCCAGCAGAUUUUCAGUGAUCGACAUUAUGCAGUGGUAUGAUGGGAAGAUACACAUCGUUGGUCACUUCCAUCCGAAUCUCACUGACGGCAAACCGGAAAUCCGAGGGGGAAAUUUGACGUUUAAUCAUUCUGCAGUGAGGUGGUUCACUCCUGACAGGAAAGUCCCUCAAGAUGGCGCCUUACCACCACCAUCAUGCGCCGUAUCUACUCUCGCUGACGUUUUCGAUGUUGAGUGCCAAACAGCCAUCAUCAUUCUGAACGUCAUAGUUGCCGGGAUGCUGCUCGUCACGGUCGUUGGAGUUUGCUACUACAUGAAGACCAAGUAUGAUAAGAAGGUCGAGAAGACGAAGAGCUACAUCAGGUCUCUGGGUCUACCGUUUGACAUGCACUCCGAUCUAGAUAAGUGGGAAAUCCACAGAGAAUGCGUGUGCAUCAACAGAAAGCUUGGUGAAGGUGCUUUUGGUACCGUUUAUGGUGGUGAAGCUGAUUUACCUGGAAAAGGAUGGACAGCUGUUGCCGUAAAGACGCUCAAGAUUGGAUCAACAGCCGAAGAAAGAUUGGACUUCUUGUCCGAAGCAGAGGCCAUGAAGCGGUUUGACCACAAAAACAUCGUGACUCUUCUGGGCGUUUGCACCAAAGAUGAACCUGUGUACACCAUUAUGGAAUUCAUGCUCUACGGAGAUCUUAAGACUUACCUUCUCGCCCGAAGACAUCUCGUCAAAAACAAAGACAUCGAGGAGUCCGAGGACGUUUCACCAAAAAGACUGACAAGCAUGGCCCUGGAUGUGGCCAGAGGUCUCAGUUACCUAGCAGAGUUGAAAUACGUUCACAGAGACAUCGCGUCCAGAAACUGCCUCGUCAAUGCUCAACGUUGUGUCAAAAUCGGAGACUUUGGCAUGACCAGAGCAAUGUUCGAUAACGCCUACUACAAGUUCACCAGAAAAGGAAUGCUUCCGGUACGUUGGAUGUCUCCGGAAAGUUUGGCUCAAGGCAUUUUCACACCUGCGACCGACGUUUGGAGUUUUGGAGUACUGCUUUACGAAAUCAUCACUUUCGGCGCCUUCCCGUUUCAAGGGAAAAGUAACACUCAAGUAUUGGAGUUGGUCAAAGAGGGUGUCACCUUGGAAGUACCUAAAGGAGUGAAGCCCCAGCUGGAUGGAUUGAUGAAGUCUUGCUGGCGGCGGGAGGCCAAAGAACGUCCAACUUCAUCGCAAAUCGUUGAGUUCCUAGCAAAUAACCCAAGACUUCUCUCGCCAUGUUUGGACGUGCCGUUGUCAUCUGUACAGUUAGAAAAUGACCAACUUGAUAUGACACCACCACCGGAUACCAAAGUACCCUCAUCCCCUACUAAGUCCAUGAAUGGUUCUGCGUUCCACCCCCCACACGGUUUGUUCCCCGAAAAGACGGACAGUGACAUCCCAUUGGAAGUUUGCUGCCCCAAAGAGCCUCUUUUAGGCCAAUCGCGGUCUAGUUCCGCCCUGAUCGACCUGGGGCGGUUAGUGAGUCGUAGAAACUCGGAAGAUACCGACGAGGAUGAGACUGACUAUGUCAACCAGUCGGUGGUGACCAGUAAGCAGAAGAACACCAAGCUUUGAUCAGAUGCAACAGAGGACGCGAAAAAGCGAUCGGUGUAAAUCGUGUUUUAUGCACUCGACUGUACAUAAAAGUUCACUCCUCUUGGAAAGUCGAUGGCAAAGAGCAGACUGGCGAACCAGAUUCAUCAACAGAAUAUACAAGCUGCAUGAAGCAGACAACAAAUAUCCAAGUGCCAGAUGUAAAGUGUGCAAUAAGAUAUACGUCACGGUUAGGAAUGUAUGGUUACAACUCGGACAUCCUAGAUUGAUCUCUCAUUAUUGUAUUUAUCCAACAAGCCUCGGUGAAUUGCUAACAGGAUGCUUUCGAGGUUAAGGCACCUUCCCAAUUUGUCGGUUCCCGGGAAUUCAACGACGAACAUGGAACAUGUAGUAUUAUCUGCCCACCACAAAAUGCAAGAUGGAAAACUAUGAAGGAUGCCGCAGAAACCGAUAGGUGUGUCGGUAUUGUCUGAGAAACAUAUCUGUCAAAUCCUCAUAAGUUGAUGAUGGUUUGCUCGUGCGAGGUAUUUAAUACUGACAGCCCUUCAAUUGACAUUAACCAUUCCGGUACUUUUCACCCUACAGUGUUGUCACACGAGACAACUUGAAAGCUCUUUUGAGGCUUCCAGCAAAUUCAUGACAUUAGAAUACUUCAAUAGCUUAUACAGGAUGGCGUGUUUGGAUCUGAUCUAUUUUGAAUGGCUGUAAAAUUGCUAAUAUUCAACCUAGAAGAGAUGACUAACUUUUGCUCAGCAAUACAUUCUCCUGAGCCGGUCAUUUAAGUUUCACAUUCCUCGCUGCAGCAUGUUAGUUGGAAUUGCAGCACUUUCAUUCUUGAUUGCUGUCUUCAAUCCCUGGAUGGUAUGGGGCUUAUGUCUGUAGACUUUUCUAUUUGACGGUAGCCCCACAAUAAAUAAUCACAUACCGCAAGGGGCACUGCGCGAAAUAUCAUGUCCAGGAAACAGAGCGCUUAAUAUGUUUGCAUGGAUACCCUAGCACUUCCCACAAAUGGCCAUGUACAAACAUGAGAAAUCGAAACUGGACGACUUUCAACGAUCAAUGAGUUGUCACACUGCUGAGCUGCUGUUUUGCGGCACUUUCCAUUUGUCAUUUCCGUACUACCUAUUUGAGAAACGUCAGACCCAAACGCGCCAUGUAUCUGUUCAUUAGAGUAAAAAUUAUGCAAUAAUUGUAUGAACAUGUGUCGCGUAGAGAAUGCUUUUGAUGCAUUCUGAAAUGUUCUCAAUGAAUAUCAAUCCAAGAACUAGAUGUCCACCCACGUUACUUUGCCUUGCAUUCUUUCGAUGGGUAGGUAAUAGUGGUAGUACAUAAUGGAAGGAUGCCUAACAAUGUUUUUCCAACAGACUGUUAGAUAACUAUGGCUUCAAAGCAAUAUGCCCAUUUUCUGUUAAAACUGUCCUUUUUGCUACAAUCACCAAAGUUCAUUUUUAGAACACACUUACAAAAUAAAUGGUACUUUUAUUGAUCAUACAGCGCCAAAUCGUGGCUUCUUGAAAUAUUUUGCCUUCAUUGUGCCUGUCGGCAAAUUUUUAAUAAGCUAGACCUGAAGCCUAUCAUUUUAUACACUAUAGCUUAGCAUUUCGCAAAAGAAUAUUUAAAUGAAUAUUUUCAAGAUUAGUAUUGCAUGGAGAAAAAUAUUUUGGGAGAGAGUACAAGUUAAAAUAGAAAAUUAUUAUAUGCAUACAUCCUCACUCAUAGAUCUGAGUAUAUUUUCAUUCAACAUCGUUUUCGUUUUGAUUAGACAGAUGUCAAAUAUACUUUUGUGAAAUGUACUAAGUUAAAGUUCAUACUAAUUUUUCAUUUUUUACAUAUAUAUACUUAUACAUACAUUUUACAUCACAGGUUGACAUUUUUUAUUAAUGUAUCUAGUCAUUUUUGUCACGUAAUCAUACCUGACUGAUUUUGAUUACACGCAUCACAAAUAAGUAUACACAUAUACUACAAAAUAUAUUCGCACAUAUACACUACAUAUAUACGUAACCAUAAAUCGAAAAAAUUGAACUGCUUCAGUUGCUUGAAAGUUGUAGACAGUGUAGGAGAAUUUUACGGGGGGCGGUUUAAGAACUUCAAAAGUAUCGAAUUCAGUUUUGUUCUUCUCAUAACAAACAUUCAAUUGAAGUAUCAUAGUCAUUAUCAAACCAUAAUCAUCACUAUUUUAAAUCCAAUCAUAUGCUUUUUGAUAUUCAUUUAUUUUCUAGUCAUAUCAGGCAGUUUCACCAGCAUUUUUUAUCAAUGCUAAUUCUUUUUCGUAAUUUUACUGUUUCAAUUGUAAAACUACCCAUUUUUUAAUGAAAAAUUUUCAUAUCGAAAUUUCUUGCUAAACUGCACGUGUCUGAAUUUGACCUCCAAUGAUUCUCCUAUUAGAAUAAUAAUUUAGUUACCCGUCUGUUAUUGUUUUUGUUGAACUGACGAGAUUUAUUGUAAAACCAAAAAUUAUUUAAUUUAUUUUGCUAAUUACUGAUGUAUACCAACCAUAAUGUAGAUUUUUAAAAGUAUAUAUUUUUUAAAUUAUUUUGCAUCAACAUUUGUAUGAAUUGUCGAUAUAUCGUGUAGUUUCUGUAGAGUUUAGAACCAUAGUGCAUUUGAUAGUGCAUAUCGCUGGAUAUCCCUUUACCAAAGUAGUUUUAAAGGCAAAAAAUUGAAUUUAUCUUAUUCUUGUUUUUUUUUUGUAAAAAGACAGAUCUAAAAAAGAAAGACUGCCUUUCCUAUAAAGUUAAAAUCUUGGGUUUAUAUGCUGUGGUAGAGUUCUGUAGCUUUUGCAUUACAUGUUGAGAUGCACAAAUAACUUUGAACCUAUUGAGGAUUCCACGAAGCGUACGAUCAACUGCAACUUUCGCAAUCAAACUAACAGCAAAUAAAUACUGCCUUUACUCAUAAAGACAAAUAUAGGUAGCUGAAAUAUACAUAUACACAAAUUCACGUAGUCAUAUAUAAACACACAUAUCUUUCUCAGACAGAGCAAAUCAUUUACAUUUACGCAUCUAGGUUAAAUAUUAUAUCAAUAUAUACCAAUAGACAUAGUGUCACCCAGACUUUUCUUCAGAGUUUGUUCACGAUGUACGAAAUGUCACACGUUUUUAGAUCUUGGUUUGAUGACCGGAAGUAUAUAUUCGAAUCCGCCCGGAAACAUAUUCUAAAUCGGUUUUUUUGAGGACCCAUUUUAACGAAUCUUCAUGUUGCCAGCACCAAAAUUCCGUCAAAAAUUGAACCGUUUUUUGAACAAAUUCCAAAACUUGUUUGAAUAAAAAAGAUUCUUAAGAACUUUAUUGUAAAGUUGAGACAUAAGCAAUUAUUGAAUAUAUGAAAAAAUGCAAAAUAUGCAAAAAACCGAAUCAAUAUUUUUCGGAGCGAGUGUGAAGAUACUUCUUGACCUAAUUAAUUUGAUGAAGAUUUGGAAUGUAGUCGACCCACCCAACUUGUUAAAACCAAAAUAUUUCCCCAAAAAUGUUUUCCUCCUAAAAUUGGAGCUCCAUGGUUUGGACAUGGACUAAAUCGUGCGACAUUUUCGUACAGCUAGCGAUUUGAAAAUAAAUAACUGCUGUGAUAUGAUUACUUAUAAGUAAUUUUGAGUACUUUAAGCAUAUACAUGUAGGUAUUAAGUAGGUAAAUUUUGAUACACAUUUAUUUAUGAAACAUAAUAAGCAUUAUUGGAAUACGCGUAUGACUGGCUGAUGUAUAUAUUUGGUCCGUUUCAAUACCUUCUAUGCUAAUAGGCAAGUAUUUUGCAACUUUUAUCACGCAGUUUGAAGAAUGUUUUUGCUGUCUUGGUGGGUCAAUAUGGUAGAAGGUAUCGAAAUGGACAUUCAAUGUUUAAACGAAACGCAUUUCGAUGAGCAGCUAGUUUUUUAUAGUUUUAAUUUUUUUAGUGAAAUUUUUAGCUAAAUUCUCUUCCAUACCCUUCCACAACGAAAAUUCGCUUGAGCGAGUUAUUUUCAUGAAGAUAAAAGUAGCAAAAGUCCAAGGAAUUUCUUGAACAGAACUGUACUUACUCUAAAUUGGUUGAAAAUCCACGGCGGAAGGGCAUGAGAAACAGAGUUAGAUUUAUCAAUUAGGUAAUUUCACUUAUUUAAUUUGAUUUUUAUAGUGAAAAUAAUUCCUUUUAGUUUCAUAAUAUUUUCUUUGAGUGCAUAGAAAAAUUAUAAUCAUGUUGAAAGAAAUGUUCAAGUUAUACAGGGUGUCCUAAAAGUUUAGACAUGUUUUGUUUGUAAUCACUGCUUGAAAUUGUCGCUGACCAAUCCAAAAACACCACUUGGUUUAUUUCUUCCUAAAUUUGCAACAAUUUGCUGUCUACGUCACUUAAACGGCUUUUGAACAAUAGAAACAAACCUACGCAGCUCGAGUAUGACGGCGUCGUUCUGAAUAUCCGUAUACACUCGCGAAGUAUCAAUAGGAUCUUGAAGAUGCUCACAGUGAACUAUCGAAUGGACAACUACAUUAUAGUUGUAGGAGUGUGUCAAUUUUAUAUUAUAUUUCAUAUUAUAAACUUGGUUAAUCUACACACCACGUGGAUACACAUAGUCACAGUCACGAAACAUCCUACACUUUGAUGUAGGGGGGGGGGGGAGACCAAGGUCUGAGUGGCUUAUUUAGAGUGUGUCGGAACUUAAUGUCUCAGACAUCUCAAGGCUUUGGUAUAUGUGUUGGUAGGAAAAACCUGUAUGCUCUGUAAUGUCCCAUCUUUGAGAACACCUUGUAUAAUCUGCGUUUAGUGGCAGCUUUUCAUGAAAUCAAAAAGCAAAUGUUUGAAAGAAUGCUAACUUCCAUCCAAUUGGCUUCAAAAAUCGUCCAAGUAAUUACGAAUCAAUAUAAAAGUUGAAACGUACCAAUUUUGGAACUGAUGGAAUAUUGCUACCAAUCUUUUUAUUAUUAUUAUUAUUUAAAUAUAAAAGAAUCAAGUCUUGCUUUUGUGUAAAGUGAAAAGCCGUUCGUUGUUUUGUAAAUUAUUUUCCAUUUAGGGCAUUUUUCGUUUACGUUUACAUGCAAACCAUGACUGCUAUGUUCCUAUAACAUGUACACGUAAUAUUAGGAGGAUUUUCUCGAACUCUUUGAUUCAAUUCACAACUUGCAAUUCAUAAUCUAAAACAUGUUAUAUACCGCUCACCUUAUUUUCUAGUAGAGUAGGAGAGUUACGAGCCCAUUAUAUGUUUGUAGCUACCUGUACUGAGGUUGAAUAGUUAUGGAAAGUUCAAAAUUCCGAUUGAAGAUCAUUAAAUUGAGAAUAGAAAACAUGCUAAUUCAUGACGUCCUCUUUAUCUCAUAGCUGAAAUAUGUUGGAUAAAGUAACUCCGUACAAAUUUGUUGGCUUUUGUUUUGUAAUUCCACUACAUAAACGAAGAUUAUGAAUCUAAAACCGUAAUUUCCAACCCAAGAUAUCACCUCAAAAAGAAUCAUCACUUCUAAAUUUAAAUAAGCAAUAACAGUUGUGUAUGAACAUUUUUCGCCACUUGUAUAAAUUGUGCAAAAUAAUUGUUUCUAUUUCAUUGUAAAGUUAGACGUUUUUGUGACUAUUAACUGAUGAAAAUAUUCAGCGCAUUUUAUUGUUAUGUAUAAUAGGAAACAGGUCUACAUAACCGUAAUACGAGACACGUUCUAGAAACGUGUGUAUGUAACUAGUAACUCAAAAUCAAAUCAAGUCUUGCUUUUGUGUAAAGUGAAAAGCCGUUCGUUGUUUUGUAAAUUAUUUUCCAUUUAGGGCAUUUUUCGUUUACGUUUACAUGCAAACCAUGACUGCUAUGUUCCUAUAACAUGUACACGUAAUAUUAGGAGGAUUUUCUCGAACUCUUUGAUUCAAUUCACAACUUGCAAUUCAUAAUCUAAAACAUGUUAUAUACCGCUCACCUUAUUUUCUAGUAGAGUAGAAGAGUUACGAGCCCUUUUAAUGUUUGUAGCUACCUGUACUGAGGUUGAAUAGUUAUGGAAAGUUCAAAAUUCCGAUUGAAGAUCAUUAAAUUGAGAAUAGAAAACAUGCUAAUUCAUGACGUCCUCUUUAUCUCAUAGCUGAAAUAUGUUGGAUAAAGUAACUCCGUACAAAUUUGUUGGCUUUUGUUUUGUAAUUCCACUACAUAAACGAAGAUUAUGAAUCUAAAACCGUAAUUUCCAACCCAAGAUAUCACCUCAAAAAGAAUCAUCACUUCUAAAUUUAAAUAAGCAAUAACAGUUGUGUAUGAACAUUUUUCGCCACUUGUAUAAAUUGUGCAAAAUAAUUGUUUCUAUUUCAUUGUAAAGUUAGACGUUUUUGUGACUAUUCACUGAUGAAAAUAUUCAGCGCAUUUUAUUGUUAUGUAUAAUAGGAAACAGGUCUACAUAACCGUAAUACGAGACACGUUCUAGAAACGUGUGUAUGUAACUAGUAACUGAAGAAUGAAUAAUUCCAAGCAAUAAAUGGUGCCUAAAUCCUAGAAAAAGAACGACAUUCACAGCAGAUUUACGCUAUAUUAGUCUCCAAUAAAAAUAGAUGUCAAAACCUUAAUGUGAUAGGAAAAAACAUUUGUAAACUAAUGUAGGCCUGUUCCUAGUGAACAUCUUUCUCCUAUACAUUCUAAAUUAAACUAGUUAAUUUAACUUAAUUUUCCGAACGAAUCGUAUGAGUGAAUGAGCGAGUGCAAUUUUAGGAUUAAUGCAUUUUGUACCUGACCAAUUAGUUUUUAAGUAUUAUUUAUUGUACUCGUAUUUCUUCCGAUUAUUUUUUGAAUAAACUGAU